AUGGACGCGAAAAAGAACGCUUUGGAAACCGAAGACUCUCAGGCGUCGUCUUCAGAGACCAAGAACAUAAAGUCCGAUGUAGAUCCCCAGACCUCACUGGCGCCUCCCCCGCGGCCGGCCAUAACAUCAGCUGCGGAUACCCCAGAUUACUUUAAUUCUGUGCACAAUCCCUUUUCAUUGGAACCGAACCCCUUUGAGCAAUCCUUUGGUGGUGGUGGCACUAGUGGUGGCUCAUCUGGCGAGACACCUGGGAAGUCGAUCCUUCCUCCAGUCGCUUCGCUCACGUCUCCUGCCUUACCCGGUGCUAGCUCGGCCGGAGGCGGUUAUAGCUGGUCUAACUCCUUGCGUUCUGGGCCCCUGAGCCCGGCCAUGCUCGCCGGUCCGACAGGCUCAAGCGAUUAUUUCGACAGCAUUGGCAGAGGCUUCCCCACCCCGAACGAGUCCUCUCUGCGCACUGGAUUGACUCCUGGUGGUGGAGGCUCCAUGUUCCCGGCACCGAGCCCGAACUCCCAGGCGCUCCUGCAGCAAUUGCAAAGUGGGGGUGCAACUCCCUCAACUAUCGAGUUUCAUCGCACUGCGUUGAACGCCGCCAAGAAAAACGCUCUGAAUGGCCCAACCUCUAACCCAACAUCUGAUCCAGAGCAAGCAGCACAGAGCACGACCAUGGAUAUUAAACCCAACCAGUCGGAUCCCUUCGGCCAUCAUGAUGCUGCAGAUGCCGCAAAUGGGCUAUUCAUGCUAGCCAAAGGCGGACAGGCGAAUCCCAAUCAAUUCGCUGUUUCCAACCAGUCCUCAAUACCACCACAGAACAUCCAAAAUAACGAUCAAGGUCGCGAUUCUGAUCGACGAGCUUCUAACGGCAGAGAGACAAGUGACGACGUGUCUGACGUGCAAGGUGAACAGGCGAAGCCUGUCACGAAAGGAAAGAAAAAGAAUACGGCUUCUAAGACUGGCGGGGCAGCGAACAAUCGGCGCAAAGCAGAUGAUGCUCCAGCUAAAGGGUCGAACAAGAAAGCCAAGCUUAGCUCUGGUAGCACUGAGCCUCCUUCUGAUGCCGGUGAUUCAGAGGAAGAGGAAGAGCAGAAGAAGAAGUCACAGAAUGACAGCAAGAAGAUGACGGAUGAAGAGAAGAGAAAGAAUUUCCUCGAGAGGAAUCGGGUCGCUGCACUCAAAUGUCGCCAGCGAAAGAAACAGUGGCUUGCGAAUUUGCAAGCAAAAGUUGAACUUUUUACUUCAGAAAAUGAUGCGCUUACUGCUACCGUCACUCAACUGCGUGAAGAGAUUGUCAAUCUCAAAACGCUCUUACUAGCACACAAGGACUGCCCAGUUUCUCAGGCCCAAGGACUUGGGCCCUUGAUGAUGAACGGCAUGUCGGCAGGAUUCGACCCUCAUCCGUAUAACAUCCCUAGCAACAUGGGAAUGCAACCAGCUCGUCACUCUACGCGCCCGCGUCGCAUUGAGGACGCCCUCUCGCAGCUCGUUGACAAUCUCACUCACCGAUUCUCUUACGCUGCCACGGAAGAUGAGCUCCCCGACGAAGAAUACGAGGCCCUCGCAGUGCGACAACAGGAGAACCUCGAACACUCAUGGAGAAUACUCGAUGCCUAUUCCAAUUCGAGCAAUGAUCCAACAUCGCCAAAUGGAGCAGGCCUGGGGAUCACUCGUAGAGGAAGCUUAGCAGGGGGGGAGAAUAUCAACAACGCGUCGGAUUUGAUCAAGCGGAAACUGCUACGUGAGAAUGCGAGCCCAGAUAAAGCGAUGCGAUUCUCCAAUUUAUACUCGCGCCUUCUAACCCAACCUGUCCUAUCACAAAAGUGGGCCAUCUUGUACCUUCUUUAUCGGCUGUCGAGUUCGGACGACUACGAUGAAAGCUUCGAGGAGGAAGGAGGUAGUCGGAGUCCAGCUGUCGAACCAGGUAAUUUGCAGAACUUGUUGUGGAAGGGACAGCGAGCGCGACAGGGGAUGGGGCCAAUGUCAGACGAGGAAGGCCCCGCGAUCAGUUCAUCAGCAUCACAGCUACCUGCGCGCCUCGAACGGAAAGCUUCUCAGCGACGACCUGAACGGGAGAUACGGGACAUGGGAGAAGAUGAAGAUCCUGAGGUUGCUCGAGAGCACCAGAGGCAUCGCGCAAUGUCAGAUGCUGCAGCAAGAGACAUCCAGACGGAGGAACAGAGAACCGUUCCGCCCCAGCCGGCUCCAGACAAUCAACAGAAACUAGCUCGACCUGUCGAAAAUGGGCUUUUGCGCGACCUUCCUUUCAUCCUUCAGGGCUUAUCGUCAUCAAACCUCGAAUUUACGUCCUCCUCUACCGUCAAACUCCCGCCGACUCUGCCCAUCCCCUUGAUAUCCCUUCUGAACACAUUGGCCGAGCCGGGCCUACUAUAUCGAAAGUUGUCGGCUUUUGUUGAAAGUUCCAGUGGGGGGUUGGUGAACCAGAGUUUGCGAGCAGCUCUCUCAAAUGAGCUCCGUUCGUAUCUUGGGUUAGUUGCGACACUGGAAGGGGAGAUUCGAAGGGCGCUGGCCGCUCCUGAAGCUUCUACUUCUCCCGCCAGCGUCGCCAAAACCGGGGUUACGCUGAAAAGAUGCGUAGUUUGGACAAGAGAUGCGACAAUGGCAUUGAGAUUAAUGAGUGUGAUCGUCGAAGAAGCUCAGAACAAGAAGGGCGGCCAACUUAUAUCAAUGAUACAUGGCUUCUCGACUUCUCACGGUGAUCCUUUCGUCUGCGCACUAGCUGAGAAACUGCUUACACAUGUUACGCGUCCGUUCUAUGAUAUGCUGCGCUUAUGGAUCUAUGAUGGCGAGCUUUCAGAUCCAUAUCAAGAGUUCUUUGUAGUAGAGCCAGAGGCUAGUCCAAGCACUGAUCCCCGGCGCAUCGCGACAAGCGUUUGGGAAGACAAGUAUAAGCUUGACGAUGAUUUGGUGCCAUCCAUCAUUACGCAGGAUUUUGCCAAAAAAGUAUUUUUGAUAGGAAAAUCCUUGAAUUUCAUCAGGUACGGCUGUGGGGACUCGGGAUGGGUAGAAGCCUAUUCAAAGGAGACUUCGAAAGAGUUGCGGUACGGCGACACAGCAAGUCUAGAAACAUCCAUCGAUGAGGCAUAUAAAUCCACAAUGGCGCGGCUGAUUUACCUCAUGGAUGAAAAGUUCAAGCUCUUCGAUCAUCUGCGGGCGCUGAAGAAGUACCUGUUACUGGGACAGGGUGAUUUCAUCGCCCUCUUGAUGGAAUCACUGGCUUCAAACCUCGACCGUCCCGCUAAUUCCCAGUACAGACAUACGCUCACGGCUCAGUUGGAGCAUGCUAUUCGUGCUUCGAAUGCUCAAUAUGACUCGUCAGAUGUCCUUCGCCGACUAGAUGCCCGGAUGCUCGAACUCAGUCACGGUGAGAUUGGCUGGGACUGUUUCACGCUCGAGUAUAAGAUAGAUGCGCCAGUUGAUGUAGUCAUUACACCCUGGGGUUCUACUCAAUAUUUGAAAGUCUUCAAUUUCCUAUGGCGCGUGAAACGGGUCGAGUUUGCCCUGGGCAGCACCUGGCGACGAUGUAUGACCGGUGCCAGAGGAGUACUGAGAAGUGUCGACGAUAAGGUAGGGCCUGAUUGGAAGGGAGCAAGAUGCGUCAUUGCUGAAAUGAUACAUUUUGUUUGCCAAUUACAAUAUUACAUCCUGUUCGAAGUCAUUGAGGCCAGUUGGGAUCAGUUGCAAGCAUCUAUCUCCAAGCCAGGAUGUACGCUGGAUGAUCUGAUUGAAGCACACACCAAAUAUCUCGAUUCGAUUACACACAAGGGUCUACUAGGCUCCUCAUCUUCGUCUAAGAGCUCGUCCUCAAACAAGCAUCAAGAAGAGAGCUUCUUGACUCAAUUACACCAGAUAUUGAAGAUCAUGCUCGCAUAUAAAGAUGCCGUCGAUGGGCUCUACUCUUUCUCUGUUGCCGAGUUCACCCGAAGGCAAGAACUCAGUGCUAAAAUCGAAACGCGAACCGCACAAGGCCGAUGGGGCGUUACAGAACGCGACCUUCUCUCAUCCCGGCGCACUCGUGGACACCAAAACUCGGUGUCAUCGGUGUCCACGCCGAACGUUGGAAACUCUGCCGAUGAUAUAGGUACACCAUCGUCCCUCAUAGGCCAGGACCUCUCUGCAGACGACCACAUGCUUUCGUCCCUACGUGUCCGGCUCCGAGAUCUGUCUGCCGAGUUUCGGUCGCGGUUGAAUACACUCCUGGGCGACCUAGCAUACCAACCAGAUGUAGACAUGCGGUUCCUCGCUGUAGUAAUGAACUUCAACGACUUCUACGAACCGGUGCGAAGGCGGAGGACAGCGACGAGUUCCCGAGACAGGGAACGACUCCGCCGCAAGGCAGCAGAAGGUACUGCACAAAAGGAAAUGAAGAAAGAGAGAAGAGAUCCAAACGGGGUGGAAAGCGCCAGUGGCUCUGGUGUAUGA